CUUGUUACUAUCCUGUAAAUUCAAUUAUCAUUCUACAAGAAUCAUCAAAAAAAGAAACCGAAUGCCUCUAAAAACUGUCCUAAUCACAGGCUGCGGCCCAGGCGGCAUAGGGUCCGCCCUCGCGAUGGAGUUUCAUUUGAGAGGCCAUAGAGUAAUUGCGACGGGACUCUCGGAAUCGCUACUGACACACAUGCGGGAGCGCGGCAUUGAGACAGUUAUCCUGGACGUCACUUCGCGAGAAUCUAUAGACCAGGCAAUGGCGCACGUCUCAAAAUUGACCCAUGGUUCGCUGGAUAUCCUCAUCAAUAACGCUGGCAUUAUGCAUAACAUGCCAUUCACCGAUACCGAUGUCGCUGCCGCGCGCAAGGUACUCGAGGUCAAUGUAUUAGGCGUGAUUUCCGUAACACAAGCAUUUUUACCGCUGUUGCUGGCUGCUGCGAAAAAGCAUGGGGAUGCACUCGUCGCAAAUAUUGGAAGCAUUAAUACUGAGAUACGACCACCCUUCUUUAGCAUUUAUAAUGCGUCGAAAGCAGCGAUUGAGGUGCUCGGUGCUAGUAUCCGGACGGAACUGGCGCCAUUUGGGGUGCGCGUUGUGACCGUUAAGACAGGUAGCAUCAAGAGCGAGCUGUUUAAUAACGCUCCACCGACGAAGCUACCGGAAAAUAGCCUCUACUUACCAGCAAAGGAAUAUAUUGAAAGCCGUAUAGUGGUGAAGACCGCGGCUACUAUGGAGGCCGAUGAAUACGCAAAGAAAGUGGUUUCCCAGCUAUUGAAGUCAAACGUAAAACCCAUCAUAUGGACUGGUGGGUUGGCAAUGCUUGCGUGGGCCUUGAGUUGGUUUGGCUGGGAGGGUAUGAUGGAUGGCAUUAUAAUUAAAGAAUCGCAGUUGGACAAAUGUAUUAUUAGGUAGAAUUCAUUCUGUC